UAAUUCUAGCUUGACAUUUUCAAACUUCACAAAGAAGACGAAAACUAGUUAUACCUACUACAUUCUUUGCUACUACUUAUACGUAAAAAAAUCUUUAAAAUUAUGUAAAACGAAUGAGAAAUUUAUUAAAAUCUGUAGGUAAAUAGAUAAAUAAUAGUAAGUAGACUCAUAUAUUCGUUGACUUUUGACUUUGUGUGUAUCCUAGAUAAAGCGCAGUAAGUAAAUUGAAACAUGUUUCUUCUUGUCUUAAUUCAUGUUGCGGAGCAGUAUUAACAAUAAUUGUUAUUAAAAAAACAUUAACAAAAUAUUUGGCUGAAAUAUUAAUUCAAGGACAAACCAAUUUAUUAUAAAAAGUUGGUACCUGCCUAAGGCUAUACUUUAUUAUUAUUAUUAUUUCCCAAUCUCAUGAUGAUAGUAUGCGUGCCUCGAUGCGUGCGUAUUUUACAUAGAUAUUGUAGAUUACAAGUAUGAACUGUGGUUUUAGUGAUUGUAUUGUAUUAUAAGUAGAAUUAAGUAGUAUAUUAUAGCUAUACACAAAUAUUUAAUUAGGUAAGGAUUUUUUGUUUUAUUUUGAAAGUACCAACACGUCAUUUAGGUAAACCACUCCAAAGUGAUAAUUUACUUUUUAUUAUUAUUUACCUAUCAAGAUUGGGUGAAGAUUGUAACAAAAUAUUGGGUCUGGUAUGAGAGAUGUCGAAAUAAUGACUUUGUCCAGAAAUGUUUGGUUUUAUAAAUAGGUACUCAGACCACAAAUGAAUUAUUCACGUAAUGUUAUUUUCAGAAAAAAAAAUCGUUUCUUUAAAAACUAAUAAUAAUUAUUGUUGCAUGCAAAUAGAAAAAAAUCAUUCAGAAAAAGUUCUAACAAACCAAGUUAUUCUUAUAGGUAGGUAUCUAACAAAAAAAUAUAUCCAUAUAGGUAUGGAUUGGAAGGAUACCACUGUUAAUAACGACACUGACACAGAAUGGUAUCAAUAUUUUCAAAACGGAUUAGAAUCUGAUUCCAAAUUGGAUUACAAUCAGAAUAAUCAUCGUUGGAACAAAUGCUCAGGAGACGGCAUUGAUUUUGAAAUUACUGACAAUGAAAAACAACGCUACAUCUCAUUCCUAAUAAAAAUUCCGCAGCUCUAUGACAAACUCAAACACUGGCCCACCACUGAACAAAAAAUCUUGCUUCUAGCUGUAGCAAGAAUCAUGUCCUAUAACGAACAAACAUUUAUCAAAAUAAACACUAAUGACACUUAUAAUUCACUAGUAAAAAUGACUGAAACUACUACGAGUACCCUAGUGAAGGUACGUUACAUGGACAUGUUGUGUUCGUUCGUUGAACACGAUGCAGGAUUGAAAUGGACACUGGAAACUCAAUAUUGGAAAAAUAUUUGGAAUUUGGUGUUGCAGUGCCAGGACGACAAUUGUGAUGAUAUUAAUCAAAAAAUUUACCACAUAUUAUCGAAAUUCCUUCAAAACACCUCAAAAUGUGCCCCGAAAAUUUGCCAGCACGUAGUCAAACAAAUGAUUCAGCCUAUAAUUUGCUCUGCCGACAAGCAUUAUCCAAAAACGAAAAAACAACCAAUCGAACUGGUCAAUCCAGAAGAGUACCAAAAUUUCCCACCAACUGUUAAAUGUCUUAUUGAAAUCCUUGAGCGACUUUGGGCGAAUAACGAAACGACUUCGGAUGCUCUCAAAUAUUUUUUGACCCUGCGAGACUCAUGUGAAACUUUAACGUUAUUAUCAAACAAUGGCGAGUCUUCUUUGCAACUGAAUCGCAUUUUGACUAUCCUGUGUUUCUACGAAAUGAUUGAACUUUUCGAUGGGAUAAAAGUUGUCAAUCAAGAUCCCUUAGUUUUGAGUGGCUUUUUCAAAAUUUUUGAAAGGGAGAUGAAAAAAGGAAAUUUCGAUGGUAUGUGGAAGCUUCUUUACUAUGGUCAAAAAUACUGCCAUCACAUCUCAAAAAAAGUGCCACAAUAUUUUCAAAAAGGCAAAUCGAUUGGUAUUGGAGACGAACUGACAUCAUUUCAAAUAGAACCGGUUGUGGUGCUUGGUGAAAAACUAUCGGUAAUACCAUUUCCUCAAGUGACUGAAUGUGACGAAUUGUUAAGAGAUGCUUUGAUAGGCGAUCUGCUGAGCAGCGUGAGUGAGAGUUGCGUUCAAUUAGGCUACGAAGUCCGCGAGCAAUACGUCAGAGCACCAAUGGGAAGUGAAUUAACCGCCUUGAAGUGCAUAAUCAAAACCAAACCAUACUAUUCACGAGAAUGCCGUGCAAAAGUGUUUCAAGGGCUAAUUUUCAGUUUCAAGGAUUUCAUAACAUAUAUUAAAAGAGACGUAGAACUUAAAGAUACUGAACACAAUCAACUCAUAGCUGAAGCCAUGCUCGAAGCUAUCUUUGUCUUUCUAAAUGAUUUCGAUUUGUCGUGGAGAGAGAGUCUAGGAAGUUUGGAAGUUUACAUGUUGAAUUAUCAAUUUUUUUCUUGUUCAAUGAACUGGAACUCAAAUGUUGUUAUACUCGGUUUGAAAAUCCUUAAUAUCACAACGUUGAAAAACCUGACUGAUAAUAUGAUAUUGUUGGUGGAUUAUAGUAAUGAGCAUGACGAGAUGGGAAUCAUGCUCAUGGACAAAUGUGCAAGUUCUAAUGUGGGGGUGAGGAAAGCAGCGAUGGCGGUGAUAUGCACCAUUUGUCAAAAAAUUAACGAAGGUUUUGAAUCAUAUAAACAAAUCUUACUCCACUACUUAACUCCGGAAGUAAUACUCACUAAAGCAAUCAAUGACAGCAAUCAUUCAAUACGUGCCAUAGCUCUCAGUUGCCUUCAAGAAAUAAUUAUGAUGGAGGAAUUUGAAGGGUAUCUUUCAAGCACAAUAUUUAUUGACAAAAUUCUUGAUAUUAUAGCCAAAGAAUUCGACCAAAUGAUUCUAAAAGUAUCCGUGAAACUGAUUAGACAAAUUUGUGAGAACGAUAAAAAUGAGACAAUAGAUAAUUUAUUGAAAAUUUAUAAGGUGAUGUCUAGGGUAGCUAUUCAAGAAAGAAAUGCAGACGUUCAAGAAGAAGCUGUUAAGUUUUGGAAAUUUGUGACAAAGAGAAAUUUGGAACUACAAGGUGAACAUUUCUGAAAUAAAGGUAUGAUUGAUGAUGUUUUUCCCAAUAUCACUUUCUCAAAAGAACACAAAAAAAUCAUCCGAUUAGAUGACAAGGAAAUCUGUAAAAGAAUCAUCCGAGCUUUGGAUAACAUGAGUAAAACUGGUUGUUUAUACGUUUACCAGCAAGUUUUAGAAAACUCUGAAACUCCAACCCAAGUUUUUUCCACCACUUUAGAAAUAAUCACAAAACUUUGGAAAUUAUUGAGAAGAUACGAUGUCACUCCUGAACUUAUAUCAAUUAAUGGAACUUAUCCGCAACAAUGGUCAAUUGAUAGUGGCAUAUUGUCACCUACAACGAAUUGGGUGGAUAACGAUGAAGAUAUGAGGGAACUGAUUGAGGAAAUGAUAAAUGAGGACAUUACUGAAAUAUCUUGUCCUGACGUGCUCUCAUUAGAUUCCGGUUUGAAUGUAACAGGACCGCUUUUCAGCCCACUGAAUGAUACUGAAGAUAGGAUAGUACAAGUUAGCAGUUUAGAUUUUAUGGAGUUUAUUUUUAGAAAGUUUCCUAAUCUUUGUAAAUGUUAAAAUAAAAAUUGACAAGCCCAAUAAGGCUGGAACGUUUUUA